AUGCGACGCUCACGAAAGCUGUCUAUAUUGAACGAAGUAAAAUAUAAUCAAGUGGAAACAGAUUUGUCGUUCCCCGUACAUCAUAAACAUCAGCGUCAGGACUCAUUAUCGUUAUCGCAUCAAUUAAACGAAAUAGAGUCAUUAGACGUGGAACAACUAAUUUCAAAAGCUUAUGACGAAGCAAUACGUAUGGUUAAACACUCGAGAAUGUUGGAUACAUUAAAUCAAUGUAAUAUACAUAAUUUAAACGAUCUCAGUGAAUAUGUUUUCCAUACAUUGAAUAAAAAUUCAAGAAUGAUUAAUUAUUCUUUACCAGCAGCAAACACCAUCGAUGACGAAUUUGGAUUAGAUGAAGAGAACGAUGAUAAUGACAACGGAAAUUAUUCACAAAAUCUAUUAGACGUUGAAACAGUAUCCACUUCACAAAAUGAUGAUGAAAGUGACGACGAAGAAGAUACAUUCAAUUCUACGAAAUCGGAGUUUGAUGGAAUAAGAGUAGUUGAUAAUAUUAAACCAGAUUUCAGGCAGUCAUAUUUCAAAAUCAAGAUAAAUGACAACAUAAAAUAUCUUCAUAAGCAGUCGGCAUGUUGGCUCUUAUCCAACAAUACAACAACACUGUCCACUGAUCGCCUAUCUCGAGUUCGACAACAAAUGGCUAGUUCUAACAAAUAA